CUGUUCUGGAAAACAUGAAGUCGGACCUUUGGUAUUUCUUUCUCUUCUGCUUCCAAGUUGAAUUGCUAACAGGAGAAAUCAAUGACUCUGCCAAAUCUGAAAUGUUUAUAUUUCACAAUGGAGGUGUGCAAAUUUUAUGCAAAUACCCUGAGAGUGUCCAGCAAUUUAAAAUGCAGUUGCUGAAAGGCUCGCGAGUACUCUGUGAUCUCACUAAGACAAAGGGAAAUGGAAGCAUGGUGUCCAUUCAAAGUCUGAAGUUCUGUCAACCUCAGUUAUCCAAUAACAGUGUCUCUUUUUUUCUGAAUAACUUAAACAGUUCUCAUGCCAGCUAUUACAUCUGCAAACUAUCAAUUUUUGAUCCUCCUCCUUUUCAAGAGAUUUUUAGCAGAGAAUAUUUGCAUAUUUAUGAAUCACAGCUUUGUUGCCAAUUGAAGUUCUGGUUACCCAUAGGAUGUACAGCUUUCGUUGUAGUCUACAUUUUUGGAUGCGUAUUUUUAUGUUGGUUUACAAAAAAGAAAAUUCGACCCAGUGUGCAUGACCCUAAUAGUGAAUACAUGUUCAUGGCUGCAGUGAACACAGCUAAAAAGCCUGGACUCACAGAUGUUACUCGUAACUUGGAACUCCCUAGCACCCAGAUGUGAAUCACGUUUGCCAGUUUCCUCAUACUUGAAGUGCAAGAUUUUCUUAUUUCCUGGACCAUGGAGACUCUGACUUGAUUUGACUACAUACAUACUCUGCUGGUGUUUUGUUCAAUCUGGACCAGUGACUAUAUCAGUCAGCAGGGAUUUUAACAGACUGCCUCAGUACUGUUGAGUUCUCUUAAAACAAACACCCUCUUGCAACUAGCUUUAUGGAAAGCCCAACUCGUGUGUGUAUGCUUAACAAAUAGACCUCACUGGGAUAGAAUCCUUGUCUUCACAUCUGCUUCUAGCAAUGCACCAGCCAGUAAAACAAACACAUCUACAAACAUUUUUAAAAGAUGCCAUGGGUACUGAAUCUGCAAAGCAAAUGGGCAUCCAAGGGCUGGCAUCUGUCUGCAUUUUGCAAACAGACUACUGCUUCUUCUUGUAGAAAGAACAUUCCUUGUUUAAUUAGACAGGAGGUGCUUCAAACUGUAGCUAUGUUAUUUCUGAGGUGUCAGUAUGUAACCAUAGUGUACAAAUACAUUAGCACAAAGUAUUCUUCCCCAAAUUCUGAUCCCUGGUCCACCAUUCCACCAACAGUUUAAAUGUUUUCUGCCCUCAAUUUCCUUUUAAAAAUACUUCUACAUUACUUGACAGACUCUACAUAGGGAGCUAUA